GACAAGUCCAUCAAGUUGUCAUUUAGCUAUUAUUUUGUUUUUGUAAAAUUAAUAAGAAUCUUACAAAGUAUUCUUAGAUUUAAUAUAAUGUAAUGUCUUAUCUUUCCUCUUGUAUACAUUUUAUGAUACACCUGCCUUUCUCUGGUAGUUGAGGCCGGGUGUUAUUUUAAUAUACUAUAAUGGCCCAGUCAAGUGCAAUGAACUCUGAUAAAAAAUCUACCGACCUGGAGGUAAAGGAGGAUCGCGAGGAUAUAAAGAAGGAAGAAAUUGUAGCGGUGAAGCCUGAACCACACGAGUGCAUAGUAUGUGUGACGCAUAACCUCGAGACUUUCGACAUAUUUAACACGAACACGGCUGCAUCCGGCAUUUCUCUACACAAUUUUUUAUCUAAAUUCUCCAAUUCCGCUUUAGCGGACUGCCAAAAUUCCACCAAAUUUGUAUGCAAGAGUUGUUUAGAUCUUAUUAACGUAUUAGAACAGGCGGAAUUGGAAUAUGUAAAACUAAAAGAGACUUUUGAAGCCAUUAUUAGUAAAAAUCCACUGUUCGACAGCUCUGUACAGCCAAUUAGCUUAGAUACUGUGAAAAAUGAAACCCUACGAGAACAUCCAGAUGAUUCAUAUGAUAUCUUUGAUGAUAUGGACUCAGAGGAUGAACCAUUGUCUAUGACCAAAAAGAAGAGACAUGGGAAAGUUGAUAAACGGAAAAAGAAAUUAUCUGGCUCAAUUAUUAAACGCAAACCACGUACCAAACAAAAUGAUGAAAGCUGGGAAUGUACAGAGUGCUUUGCGAGAGGUACAACUGGGGGCACAGUGGCAGCUAUGGCCCACAAGCUGGCAGUGCACUCAUUGGAGGAAUCUAACAGUGUCCUUAGAGAUAUGAAGAAAGAAGAUGCAGAUGGAUCGCACAAUGGUUUAGAGAAUAUACUAAAAAUUGAAUAUGAGGAGCUCAACGAAAAUGAUGACAGUUCUACAUUUAUGCCAGACAGUGAACCGAGCAAUGAAAACAAUCACAGUAAAAGAAAAAUGUUAGUUGGCAGGUGUCUCAAAAGUAAAGGUGUGUCCGCACAGACGAAGGCCAAGAAGAAAGAGGCUAAAGUUCUGCACCAGUGUGACCAGUGUGAUGCUAAGUAUUCUUCUUUGGCACGACUCAAGCAACAUAAGCAGAAACACGACGGCUCGAAGCCACCGUACAUCUGUGAGGUGUGCGGCGCUCACUACAAGCAUAAACGCGCCUGCGACAUACAUAUCGCGCUACACAAAGGUAUUAGUGAUUGGAAGUGUGAGGAGUGCAAUAAACUGUUUCCGUCUAAAGGUGCGUUGCAGAGGCAUAAUAAUAUUCACACAGGAAAACUAAACUAUCAGUGCGACCUGUGCGGCAAGUCGUUCAUCCACACGUCGUCGUUCAAGAUGCACAAGCUGUCGCACUCGGGCGUGAAGCCGCACGCGUGCGACGUGUGCGGGCUGGCGCUGAUGACGCGCUCGCACCUCAAGCGGCACAAGCGCGUGCACUCGGGAGAGAAGCGGCACGAGUGCGCGCUGUGCGGCAAGCGCUUCUCCGAGCGCUACAACCUGGUGGCGCACCUGCGCAGCCACGACGCCGCGCCGCCGCCGCCGCUGCCGCGCCGCCGCCUCUUCCGCUGCGGCUUCUGCCCCGACCGCUUCGAGCGCAGGUACAUGCUGGAGCGGCACACGUCCGUGGUGCACGGGCGCGCGCUCGAGCGGCCGCCGCCCACGCCGCGCAACACCAUGAGCAAGCUGCUCAAGGCACAGGCGCAGGCCGCGCGCCCGCCGCCCGCCGCCGCAGAUGGCGACUCAAAGGACAUACGCAGCCCGGAGUCCCGCGACACACCUGUCGCAUCACAGAAGUUACUCGCCCAGCUAACGGCGUCGUCGUCGACGUCGGUGUCGGCGGGCAGCACGUGGUCGGCCGCCUACGCGGAGUUCAACCUGCGCGGCGACUUCCCGCACUGACCGCCGCCCGCCGCCCGCCGCCCGCCGCCCGCUGCUGCCGCGCCGCCACUAUGCGGCGAAAUAAACCGGUUACUAUUAUUUGUAUCUCCUAAAACGCAGAUCAUAUACCUCCACGUGGAGUUUCAUCAUCGACGCCAUCAUAUUUUGCCGUUAAUUGGCCCAUGUUGAACAUAGUCCUUCGUAAACUUCCAUAAGAAACUGUCCUGAAUCUCCUACCAUCCACUCCCUCCCUGCAAUGCAUUUAAGAUAGCGGCUCCAUCUAGUGAAAGGUUGCCUUUGGAAUAUACAAAUGCAUUACAAAAAUAAGCCAAUUUUUCUAUUAAUUGUGUACAUGAAUAGGAAUAUCGUAAAGUAAUCGUAACAGUUAUUAUUUAGUAAGUAAGAGAUAGACUAUAUAUGUUUAAUAUUGUAAGAUUAAGUUAAAGAAAGCAAUACAAAAUUGUCACAUUUAUAUUUAAAAAUUAGGGCAAACGAAACUAUAUUUCACAAUGUUAUUUGUCUUUACCGAUUACUGUGAUUGAUUUUUGACAGUAAAUUUAUGUAUUCCUUGUCAAAAUGGAAAGUGCUUAUCAUUUUACAUAAUAUGUGUACUCGUAUAUUAUACAGUAUGCACAGCACAUAAUAUAUUUAUUUAUAUUAUAUGUGGGAAGUCGUGGGCGGAAAAUCAGACUAUAUUCAAUGUUUUAUAAAUUUAUUUGCUCCACAGCUCUUUUACAGGAUGCGAAUCCUAACGCCAUCUUGUUCCAAUUCCUUCGUCGACCAAUCAUACUUGUAUCAUGCAUCUCUUUCACACAUCAUCUUUACUCUCAUUACUGUUCCUUUCACACACCUUCUAGAAACAUCCAAUCCCACAUAUAUGAAAAGAAAUUAUUAUAAACCUAAAGAGAACAAACCUACUUAAAUUAGAAAAAUCCACCUGAUUUGGGAAAAUUUUAAUCGAAUUACUUGCAACACUGAAAAUGAUGGGCUUGGUUUAAAAAAAUAUAUGUUGAACAAUAAAAAAAUAUAUUUGACUCAAUAGGUCUUUUAUGGGUCUGAACAUUAAAUGUUAAUAAAUUAUAUAAUAAGAUACCGAAGGAUAUUUUGGAUCUGUCUUUUAAUAAGUUUUAAACUGUCAUUAAAAACUCUUAUUGAACAAAGCCUAUUAGAUUAGACAUUUGUAGUUGGUUACAUCAAAAGACCGGUGUGAACAACGUGCGACUGCUUACCGCUGUUAACUAGCUAACUUAACACGAGUAGAUCCGUCACUUAAUACGAGAAAUUGCAUGUCAAAAACAUAAAAUCAUUGGCUGCACACACUAAGCGAUUGCUUUAAUCACAAAUGUGCAUGGUGUUGCUAGAUCUUGCACGACUUUUUACCAACCAUGUAAUAUUAGACAUAGUGUAUUUAAAUAAAUACACAUAAUGUUAACAGAGAUUUAAAAGAGUAACUGUUGAGUUUCUCGCGGGCUCUUCACAACAGAUACCAACUUUCCGAAUACAGCGUUCGUAAAAAAAAAUACAAUUUAAACGUGCUUGGAAACAAGUCUAUUUGAAAAAAGAUGAUUGAAUUUGACACUCAAUACUCUAUUUUGAGGUAUAAGAUCUAAUGAAACUUAAUCUUUUGACUGCUUGGCUUUUGUAGCAGUCAUUACGCCCUCACUUGACUCAAAUCUGCAACUUUUACUGUACUUUAAUUUUUUUUUUCUCUUUGAAAAUAAAAACUUUCAUUUUCUGUAUCUAUUUUAUUAUAUUUACUGUGUUAAUGAAGGGGACAGCUGAAUAAAUAGGAACACUAACGUACGAACACAGGUUCAAAUAAAUAGAACAGAUACGAAAAUAUUUGACACUGGAACUGGGGCGGUUCAAAGAUUAAACAAGUCAUAGUGAUUCUUAUUCAGAACAUAAUUCGUUUAUAAUUUUUUUUACAAUAUCAUUAUUUACAAUAUUUUUUCUCUGUUUAAGAAUUGUUUUGAAUAAAGUUUUGUUAUUAUUGUGAAAUGUCAAAUCUGACGUAUGUCUACAUCGAAUGUAAGCUACACCCGUUACAGUCCAAUCAGGAAGGAAGAUGGACACUUUAUACGACAUGUGUAAUCUAAGAACAAGGAAUUACAUAGAAGGAAUGAUAAAAACAACUGUAAAUCAUAUGGUUGUUUCCUUUCUUCUUAUGCAAAUAUAAUUAGUAAAAAGAGGACGAAAGAUACACCAUCAGUUGCUAUUUUUCUCAAUUCAUAGCAGGCUAGUGUAAAGAAAAUGUUACACGGCCGUAUAACCCUAUCAAAUUCAGAUGCAACCUGCUUGCAUACUUUCUACAUAAACUGUGUCAAAUAUAUAAUCUAGUAAUGUAAAAUUUGUCAUAGACAAAUAUUUGACAUAUCAAACAUUUCCUAUACACUAGCCUGCUAUGAAUUGAGAAAAAUAGCAACUGAUGGUGUAUCUUUCGUCCUCUUUUUACUAAUUAUAUUUGCAUAAGAAGAAAGGAGACAACCAUAUGAGUUACAGUUUUUAUUUUAUCAUUCCUUCUAUGCAACUCCUUGUUCCUAGAGUUUAAUAUUGACAUACAAGUACGGUUUCAUAGAUAAUUAAUCGUAUUCAUGACACGUGUAAAGUGGGCUUUUUAAAACUCAAUGACUCAUUGUAAAUAUUGAAAAGAGAGACGCCAGGAAUAAAUAUGGCACUUUAUGAGUUUUUAGUAAAAACUAUUCCCAUGGUUAUUGUCAUAAUUUUUUAAACAUUGUAAUGAAAUUGUAGGCUAUGCUUGAUUUUCUUAUAGCGUGUAAAUUGUACAUAGACUUUAGUUGAAUGACUGUAAUGUACAGUCGCUCGACAAUUAUUUUUUAAUAAAUUAAUUCAUAUGACACUUUUCAUACAUGUGUAUGGUGAAUUGUAUGAAGUCGCAACGCGAGGAAUCUUACUUUAAUAUUGUGCAAUGCCAUUUACGAAGAACAAUAUUAUUUACAAUUAUUUUUAUUUUAAUAUUUUUAUUGAAUAAAUGUAAUUUUAUUAUAAAUAUAAGUAUAUAUAAUGCUAUGUAAAUAUUAACAGCACCGUUAGAUUUGAUAAUUUCCUAAUUUCCAAUGAGAAGCACUCGAGUAUUUGGUAAACAUAUGAGCGUUGAUUGCAAAACAAUUUUAUUGCAAUAUAAAGUCUUGUUUAAACUGAUGUUAAACCUAAACAUGCUCAUUCAUUCAUUUUAUUUAUAUAUAAUAAAAAAAAAUGCAUAUGGAGGAUUUCAUUCGUCCAUUUUAUUUAUUUUAUUUACUAGUUAAUAAAGAGAAUCGACUACUGAACAAGCCUCCCCCUUGAAGGGGUUUUGCCAGUAGUUGCCAUGCUUGGCAGGCGGAUUGGCAACCGCUGUUAGGUUUUGGAGAUGUUUGAAGAGCGAUGCUGCUGCCCAUCCCUUACCCUCCCUUAGUCGCUUAUGACACCUGCAGGAAAGGAAGACGUAGCCUGUUCUAUGCCAAGAACACAUGGGAAAAUAAAGAUAAUAAAAUGACGCAAAUACUAAAAUUUUAUAAAAAAUAUUUGAACAAUUUUAAUGUAUGAAUUGGCACUAUUUGUCAAGGAAAAUUGCAUGUAACCCAUUUAGCGAUUACUAAUCGAAAAUGGUAUUGCCAUAUCGUCACCUUUAUGGUAAACUUACGAAACUGAAAAAGACACUUUACAGGGGAACGUUUUGAAACAUUAGAAUGCAAAUGACUUGUGACAGAAGACUGCUGUAAAAGAUCAUGCUAACAUUUUAGUUUUAAAAUCCUGUUUUUUAUUAAAUGUGCUUAAUUAAUUAUUAUUAUAUUACAAGUAUCAAAAAUAAAUGCAUAUUCAUUACUUUGCACCUUCAUACAUGAGAGUUCCUAGGUACUGAGUUAUACAACAGCAAAUCUACGAAAGUG